UCUGAAGGGAUACUAUUUUUGACGCGGAGCAGACCAGAGCCUGGGAACCCGUCAAAUAGAACCCAAGCUCAGUGUAUGUAACUCUUCCGUUCCCGGACUCCGUAUUGUACUCCUUACUCCUCCCCCACGCUCCCACAUUCAUAUUCCUCCAAUACCCCAUGUUCUCCGGAAUAGUACAAAUUAGGACGGUCAUGUGUCCAUCUGAAAACAAAUGUCGGUGGGCUUGCACAAACCCGUCCAUCAAAAAAGAAAAGUGGGAGGGAAAUAGCGAGGUUGCCACAGGGAGUCUCGCAUUUCCGAAAAGCGACAUCCCGAGCGGAUGUUGGUGGAGUAUCGUGGCCGGAGCAUUCCAAGCGUGUCGCAGAAUGGAGACAUAUGAACGUGAUUGUAGAGACAGUAGUUUUUGUCAUCCUUGCACCAAUGGUAGCAAGAAGUCAGUCAGCUGUUCUCAGACAGACAUUAACCAACUAUCCCAGCCACGUUGGAGAUCUAAUAACCGUGUGCUAGACUUUCUUCUGUCUUGCCGGUUUCUCGGGUUUCCUUUUUGGGACAUACACGAAGUAACCUUGUUUGUUUUAUUUUUAUUUUCUUCUGCAGGAGGAGGGAUCAUGUGCAGUCCUUUGCUUUUUUCGAACGCCCUUCUGGAAGGUCAUGUGCUUUCCCUCCUCUUCCUUUCCCUUGUCCAUCCCAUCUACCUAUCUACCCUCUCCUCCUAUUUGCUGCUACCUGUGAGCUUUCAAUUCUUCUGUUUAUGUUUGCUACGAGUCGGCAAGCUUUCAAUCCAUAUCCAAAUGGGUACUGGCAUAUGAAAAGCAUUGUGAUUCGAAAAUCAACUGGUAAUCAAGCCGAGCCUAGCUCUAGGCAAAAAAUAAGAACACAGGACGGGCGUGCAAGUCCUUCGUGUCCUACAAAAGAUAGCUAUUGACUUAGGCUCAAGACCUGCAGAAUAGCUGCAGAGACAGGGAAGCGCAGCACAAUCCAUGGAACGUGCUG